UUCAAACAAUGGUGUUAUGUUAGUAUCAACGUUUUAGGUGCUCGGGGCGAAAAACCAACACAAAUAUAAACGCCCAAUUCCAGAAAAAACACGAACUCAAAUACAGAUAUACAACAAAAGUUGAUAAGCAAACUGCAUUUAUAAAAAUCAUAAAACCAUAGCCAUGAAACUGCGUACUCAGUCACUUUGAUGGCGUAAAGGUCAUUUCAACCACAAGUGGAAAGGCCAAGUAAUGUUUAAUCAACUGGAAAAAAGUUCUAAAAUAGUGAAAGCAGAUAAAAAAAACAAUAGCAACUGGAGCGCUACUAAAUAUUUGACGGACAUAUACACAUAAUAUCGAUAUCACCAAGCCUAAGGCAAUGGAUCGCACGAUAGGAAAUGAGCGUAUCACUUCUCGUCUUCCUGGACCGGCAAUAAACUCAGUGGUCGAAAAUUCAGAUGAACCGCAGCCCAGUUUGUCAGAUUUGCAUGAUUUUGAACCUAAGUUGGAAUUCGAUGAUACAGAACUACUAUCCUCAGCACCAUUGCAAAAAGAUGUUAUGGUUGACGACUUUGUUUUAGCUGAAGAUGAAGAGAUCGAGUCUGCGGAAAUAGUAAAUCCAUUGGAAGACGAUUUCGAGGAUCAAUUGGGCGAGGAGCAGGCGGAAAGUAUUGUGGGCGUUAAACCUAAGUGCGACUUUCUCGGCACAGACAAGCAGGGUAGACACAUAUUUGCAAUUUAUGCAUCACGAUUUCCAGAGAAAUCACAAAUGGAAAAAUUCAUCUGUGAUGUUAUAAAAGAAAUUGAACCAUUUGUAGAGAAUGAUUACAUUCUUGUGUACUUUCAUCAAGGCUUAAGGGAGCAUAGUAAGCCAUCAGCACAAUUGCUGUGGAAUUCAUAUAAAGAAUUGGACCGCAAUUUUCGCAAGAAUCUGAAAAAUCUAUACGUGGUCCAUCCCACGCUUUUCAUACGUUUUGUCUGGAAAUUCUUCAGUCCAUUCAUCAGCGAUAAGUUUCGUCAAAAGCUCGUGUACAUCUCCAGUUUGGAUGAAUUACGCCAGGCUUUGGGACUCUCCAAGAUAAAAGUACCCGAUAGCGUGUGUGAUUUUGAUGAACAGUUAAAUCUUCGUGGGAGAGGAUAUACUGGCCCCUUUGGAUACGGAUACGGAUACGGUAGUGGAAGCAGCAGUACAGUAAAACAAAUGGCCAACACUGUACAGUUUGGCGCACCACUUAAAUUCAUUGUAUCUAACAGUCCAUGUUUAAACUCCAUACCACCAAUAGUACGCAAAUGCGUAGAUUCACUGUCCAUUACCGGCAUGAUAGACACGGAGGGUAUAUUUCGUCGUUCUGGCAAUCAUACCGAAAUAAUUGCAUUAAAAGAGCGAGUAAAUCGCGGCGAAGAUGUUGAUUUAUCAAAUGUCAAUGUACACGUAAUUGCUGGCUUACUCAAAAGUUUCCUGCGUGAUCUCAGCGAACCGCUGUUAACUUUCGAACUAUACGAUGACAUCACGAGUUUCUUAGAUUGGCCCAAGGAGGAGCGCUCACGUAAUGUAACACAAUUAAUUAGGGAAAAGUUACCUGAAGAAAACUAUGAGCUUUUCAAGUACUUAGUAGAGUUUCUCGUUCGAGUCAUGGAAUGUGAAGAUUUAAAUAAAAUGACCUCUUCGAAUUUGGCGAUUGUGUUCGGCCCAAACUUUCUAUGGUCGAACAGAAGCAACACCACCUUAGAGGAUAUCCGGCCGAUUAAUGCCUUCAUCGAUUUCGUACUGCAGAACCACAAAGACAUAUAUCUGAUUGACGUCAACCAACGUCAAACACCCAUCGGUUGAGUUUAGGAUUGCAAUGGUGCACAACGCACAAAAAUUAAUUAAACUGUGCAUUUUAGUGUAGGUUUAACAAAUAGCCCAGACUUUAAGUGUGUCGGUGCAAAAAUUUGUAUUAUAUACUAAAAUUUGAAAUAAGAUUUCGUCAUACUUAGUUUAUAACUUAAAAAUAUGUUAAGAUAAAUUAAAAAACAAAAAUCCAUUUAAGCACAACACGAGCAUUUAGUGUGUGUGCAUAUCAUUGAUUGUUACGCUGAAUGCUACAUUCACAUAUUGUCGGAAUCUAAGAAUAUUUUAAUGUAUCAUUAGAGGCGAAGAUUUUCACAUAACAAUUGUAACAAAAAACGCCUUGGCUACAAGGAGUAUCAUUUACUCUUAGUGUAUGUUUAUGUGUACAAUAUCUAAAAUUUUAUUUGAUGUAAAUUUAUCAUUUCAAAUACAAUUACGUACCAUUUUAUAUCAUUUUAACCAAAGAACUUCAUGCAAACUUUCUAAUUGCGUCACCUUUACAAAAAAAAAAAAA